CUGGAAUAAACCAAAGAGUUGAACUUAAGGAGCAUCAUGCCAGUACGGAGGGGACACGUCGCACCACAGAACACCUUCCUGGACACCAUCAUCCGCAAAUUUGAGGGUCAAAAUCGUAAAUUCAUCAUAGCUAAUGCGCGAGUAGAGAACUGCGCCAUUAUCUUCUGCAAUGAUGGAUUCUGUCACAUGUGUGGCUACACACGAGCCGAAGUGAUGCAGAAGCCAUGCACUUGCAGCUUCCUGUACGGGCCACACACAGGCAGGUCUGCUGUGGCCCAGAUGACUAAAGCGUUGUUGGGCUCAGAGGAGAGAAAGGUGGAGAUUUCCCUCUAUAGAAAAGAUGGAGUGUGUUUCAUAUGCUUGGUGGAUGUGGUUCCAGUCAAGAAUGAGGACGGACUAGUCAUCAUGUUCAUCCUGAAUUUUGAGCUGGCAGACCAGCAAGACAGCGCUGCUAACAGCUCACCACUUAAGGAACAUAACCACAGAUUCUCUAUUCCAUGGCUUUCUAAAGCAUGCAGAUACAAAUUCAGGCUGCCCCAGCCUUUGUUUAACUCUUGGAGUAAAAGCAAGUCACCUGUGCACAAUGAUGCUGAGGUGGGUUCCUUGCACAAGAUGCCACAUAUGGGCCAUGAAUCAGUGGCUCUGGACAAACUGUUGUCUCUGCCAGAACGUUCAGCACUAGGGCGGCUACCAUUGCUCUUGUGGGAUGAUGAAACUCCUCUAGAGUCUCAUUGUGAACAUCAGUCCCCAUCACCAUCCCAACAAUUCCAUGGCUUUUUGCAGUCCUCCUCAUGGCUAGAUUGCCCAAGGAAUUCACCCUCCAGCUGCAGCCUCUCUCACAGCCGCUCAUGUGAAAGCCUUUGUAGCACACGCCACUUGCCCUCUACCAGCAUCUGCACCUGGGAUAAGAAACUUCCCAACAGACCCAACAGCAUGGGUGCCAUGAAUCGUAAGGCCAGUUUGCCUAACUCUACAUCAGAUUCGGACCUGAUGCGGUUCCGCCUGGUAAAUACUAAUCCUACAGCUUCACACAACCUAAUCGACUUCAAACCAGAUGCCUUGGUGACUCUACCUUCAAGCGAGAUUGAUAUAAUCGCACCGUGCAAGCUGAUUGAUCGCACCCACAAUGUGACUGAGAAAGUCACUCAGGUACUGUCUCUGAGUGCUGAUGUCCUCCCUGAGUACAAGCUACAAGCUCCCCGAAUCCACAAGUGGACCAUCCUGCACUACAGUCCCUUCAAGGCUGUAUGGGACUGGGUUAUUCUGUUACUGGUUAUCUACACGGCCAUCUUCACACCAUACUCAGCAGCCUUCCUGUUAAGUGAUGAAGAGGAGGCUGCAAGGCAGCGCUGUGGAUACUCCUGCAGUCCUCUCAAUGUGGUGGACCUCAUUGUAGACAUAAUGUUUGUUAUUGAUAUAAUAAUAAAUUUUCGCACAACUUAUGUCAAUACCAAUGAUGAGGUGGUGAGCCAGCCUGGCCGCAUCGCUGUGCACUAUUUUAAGGGCUGGUUCCUUAUCGACUUAGUGGCUGCUAUUCCAUUUGACCUGCUUAUAUACCGCUCUGGAGAGGAGACAACAACUCUGAUUGGUCUGCUAAAAACAGCUCGUCUGCUGCGAUUGGUACGUGUGGCACGUAAACUGGACCGAUACUCAGAGUAUGGCGCAGCAGUGCUCUUCCUGCUCAUGUGCACUUUUGCUUUAAUUGCACAUUGGCUGGCAUGUAUCUGGUAUGCCAUAGGGAAUGUGGAAAGAAGUGGUUCAUCUCGAAUUGGAUGGUUAGACUCACUGGGAGACCAGCUUGGCAAGCCUUAUAAUGACACAAUUCCAGCCUCGGGGCCAAGCAUUAAAGACAAGUAUGUCACUGCUCUUUACUUUACCUUCAGCAGUCUGACCAGCGUGGGCUUUGGAAAUGUCUCACCAAACACCAACUCUGAGAAGAUUUUCUCAAUUUGUGUUAUGCUCAUUGGUGCACUGAUGUACGCAAGUAUUUUUGGGAAUGUGUCGGCUAUUAUCCAGAGACUUUACUCUGGAACUGCUCGCUACCACACACAGAUGCUCAGAGUGCGAGAGUUUAUUCGCUUCCACCAGAUUCCUAAUCCACUGAGGCAGAGACUUGAGGAGUAUUUUCAACAUGCUUGGUCCUACACCAAUGGCAUUGAUAUGAAUGCUGUGCUUAAGGGUUUUCCUGAAUGCUUGCAAGCAGACAUUUGUCUGCAUUUGAACCGUUCUUUGCUGCAGAACUGCAAAGCCUUUAAAGGCUCCACCAAAGGUUGCUUACGUGCCCUAGCCAUUAAAUUUAAAACAACUCAUGCCCCACCAGGAGACACUUUGGUCCAUGCAGGUGAUGUCAUUUCAGCCCUCUACUUUAUCUCCCGAGGCUCUAUUGAAAUCCUGAGGAGAGAUGUGGUAGUAGCCAUCCUGGGAAAGAAUGAUAUAUUUGGGGAACCCAUUAAUUUGUAUGCACGACCUGGGAAGUCAUGCGCUGAUGUAAGAGCACUGACCUACUGCGAUCUGCACAAAAUUCAGAGAGAGGAUGUUCUGGAGGUGUUGGACAUGUAUCCUGAAUUCUCAGAUUACUUCUGGAGCAACCUGGAUAUCACCUUCAGUCUUAGAGAUAUUUCAACAAUUUCUGGGUCUGUGAAGAGUGAAGAGUCAGGAAAAUCCUACAUGAAACAUCAGGCAAACAAAUCAACAUUUUAUUUCCAGCAGAAUAAUGAGGAAGAUGUUAUUACUCACGGUGAAGGUAACAUGGUGAAGACAGAAGCCAAACUCAACAGGAUGACUCUUCAACCUGUGAGAAGCAGACAGCACGAUGAAAAAAGACAAACGUUUAAUAAGGACUUAGAUUCCUUAUCCUCUCAAAGCAGCAGUAAUGAAGAGAAUGAGUCUGGACAAACCUUCUAUAGUCAAACUCCGAAGUUAUACAAAAGCAAAAGCAGAGAGCAAGCAAGCUGUAAUUAUUUCUCAGGAGUUUCCAACCUCUUUAGUUUUUGGGAAGACAGUCAUGGGCAUCAGUACCAGCAGGUUCCCAGUCACAGUAUAUCUUGUCCUCCGUCUUCAUCUCCAUCUAUGGGUUUCUCUCACAGUAUCACCCACCAUCAGUUCAAAGAGGUGGAAAACAGACUGGAACUACUGCAGAGACAACUUCAUAGUCUGGAGGGCCGUAUGUCCACAGACAUUAGAGCCAUAAUGCAGUUUCUUCAGCGGCAGAUGGCUGUGGUUCCACCAUCUUAUAGUGCUGGGACCUCUCCACCUGAAUCUUCCCCCAAUCCUCCUAAACUUGGUCAAAAGCUUGUGCAACCAGUCAAUCCUUUAGAAACUGAGAGAUCAGCCAUCAACUCUCAGACGCCACAUGAUCAUGAGGAUACUGGUGACAAUGCUACUAAGUCAUAUGAGAUCCGGCAGGAUAGUGAGGAGUUCCAGCUUCUAGACUGUUCACUGGCUUCCACUCCUGAGAGUCAGUGCUUUGACCCAAAAAUCCCAAAAGCUUGUGAAGGGCAGUUGAGCAAUUCUACUGACAGACCGACAAAUGUCAUGGCCACUGUUCCUGACAGGCAGUCGAUGGACUUGAUUGGUCCUCUGUGGAAUCCUACUCUAAAAAGUGGGUUUUAUGAAACGAUUAACCGUCAACAUCUUCAACUGAGUCAAGAUUUGAUGUCUUCUGAAAAUGCAAGACGUCUUUCUUUGCAAGGUCAACACACAACAAAGAAGAGCUUCACAGUUCAGCAAAGACAUUCUUCCGAUCCUGGAUGUUAAUGUUUUUUUUACUUACAAUAGUACAAUUAUGCAAGUUCCAAAUCAUUGUUAUAUCAGGUUUAUAUAUAAACUUUCUUGUUUUUAUUGAUUGUAAAUUACAGUCAGUAUUUAACUUUUUAAAUGAAUCUGAAAAAACUAAAUAAAUUAGAAUUAACAAAGAAAUCAAAUGUCUUUCAUGAUACCAUUAAAAAAUAAUGUCCUAAACCUAGCCAAGAUUCUAGUAAAGAAACCAAACAGAGGUUUAACUUGUAAAUAGGGAGGCAGCAGGUAAUGCAUAAUUCAAUACAAAAUAAAGGAAAACAUCAAACAAAGUAAUUUCUUUAUUUCUUACAAGACUGAAUGAACAAUUACAGCAAUAAUAUAUGUGUAUGUUGAAUAUUGUGGUGAAUUAAAUAACUAAUAUUUGCACGUCAUUUUAGUACAGCAAACAAUAAUGUCUUCUGUAAUCAAAUGAAAACUUCUGUAAAAAAUACUGUACUAGUAUCUGGUUAAGGUAUAAUACAUUAGAUUGAAAAAUUCCAGUAUGAAGUUAUCAUCAAGCCAUUUCUUAUUUAAGUCAUAUACAUUAUACACUCACUGAGCUCUAUAUUAGGAACACUUGUAUACAUACAAUUUUGUUAAGAUAAUACAGAUGGUAAGGUCAGAAUUUGCCACCAGCAUCAUGACUCUGUUAAUUCUGCCUUGAUUCAACAGAUCAGGCUGGUGUAUGUGAUGUAAUUAUUUAAGUAUGUUUUCUUGACACACUUUGGGCCAGCUAAUACCAAUCAAUCAAUGCCUGAUUGCCACAGCCUAUUUAAGUAGUGUUGUUGACCAUGUUGCAUCCAUUAAUUGCCACAAUUUACCCAUUUUUCUAAAAACUACUUUCAGCUUAAUAAUCAUUGCAGAAUCAGUCACUAAACAAAGUUAUCUCAAACUGGUUUCAUUAACCUGAUAAUGAGCUCAGUGUUUUUUAGUGGUCUUCUCAGUUUCCGGAUAUGAAUCCAAAAGAACAGCUUUGUGAUUUGGAAGAAUCUCCAGUAAUUAAGUAAAGCAAUCAUUUUAACAUGGAGCAAAAACUCAAAGGAAUAUUCAACAACCUGUCGAAUACAUAACACAAAGAAUUGAGGCUGUUUUGAGAGCAAAGGGAGGACCUGCCAAAUAUAAUUACUGUUCCAAAUAAAGUGCUCAGUGAAUGUAAAAAAAAUAAAUAACUUUAACAGCACCAGCAAUAAACAUUUUUGACAAAAAAAAAUAUGGGAAAAACAGAAAAACAGAUAUCGUGUAUUGUAGAAAACUGAAAACAGUUGAUUGAUUAUACAGUAGAUUAAUGACAACUUAUAAAUUUAUUUAAAAUCAGUAUUUUAGUAUAUACAAUAUGCAUUAUAGAAUGUAUUAAUGUAUUGUAAUUGUUAAUUGAAGCAUUGUUUCGAAUGCAGUCAGUGGACAUGUACAUGUACAUGUAUAGCAUGUUUUUGUACAGUAUGUCAGGUUUCUGCACUUAUUGUCUUUUUGUUUUCCUGGAUCAUGCAUCCUGUUAUAAAAUCUUUCCUUAUGGUGGUCUAAAGUGUGAACUUGAUUCUGAGAGACUUUGCUCUGCCAAGUUAAAUGUUAACAAUAAAUAUUUUUAUUGCAUUUUAUUGUUUAGUAUAUUGUAUAUUGUUUUCUGUUGAUCUUUUCUGAACCCAAUUACCACCAACAUUGUUGUGUGCCAAUAAAAUCUUUAAAAUAUUAGAAAAGGAUAACAUGGGGGAAAAUUUAAUAUUUUACUUAAAAUGUGACAUGAAAACAUUUACAGUAAUUCCUGACAAAAGAGUUAGAGUAGCAAGUAUAUUUGACAAGUAUUUUAUUCAGUGGUCAAGAUGCUCCUGUUGAUUUGUUGAUUAAUAUUGAUUUAACAGUUGGUGGUUGA